AUGACUGCCGUAGAUUACCGUAGGAUCACCCUUGAGUCUCAGCAGGAGGUGGAGGAAGUGUUCCAAGGCCGUGAAAAAUGGGAUCUCCUGCAACACCUGCGACCAGCGAUUUCCUCGUGCCUGCAAUCAGCUCGUUAUAGCACAGUAAUAGCUAUCCGAUUGGUUAUAAUGCAUGAAAGUUCAACAAUUAAUCAUGAAGACUACAGCACUUGGGGUCUGAAGGCGGACGACCAGAACUGGGAACGGUGGUUCCGGGGACCGCCUUCCCUGAGAAGCUUAGAAGAAAUGUCUCCACUCGAAUUGGUCACCACUGAAGAAAUCGAAGGGCAAAUUGAGCUUAAGCUCACCGUGAAUAUCAACCAAACAACUGUCGCGAUGAGCGUCAAUUAA